AUGGUCAAGCGGGGGAUCAUACCGCUGCUUGUGGAUUCGCUGAACCGGAAGCAACGCGACCUCGUGCAUGUUUGUAUCUCCUUCCUCUGGAAGCUUAGCGUUAUGAAUAAGAACAAGGACGAAAUUGUCAAAUGCGGGUUUCUAUCGAAGGCGACACACCUUCUUCAGACGUUCUUGGAAAAAACCAGUUGUACGGCACCCACGAUUACGGUCCUUCUCAAGACACUUUACAACUUGAGCUUCGACCCAGCAAUCGCCGCCGAUAUGGUGGACUGCGGCAUCUUAUCUCGCGUGGCAGACCUGGUGGCGAUUCCAGCUGUGAGGCCGGCUGCAAUACGCGUCCUCUACCAGCUAACAAUUGAAGCUCGAGGAAGCUCGCUGCUCACGUUCCACAAGUCCGGCAUCCCACUGUUGCUGGACAUCGCCGCCGCAACGCCAAAGGACGCCUGCAUAAACGAGUGA